AUGGGGAAUCAAAUAUCAGAAUUGGUGAAGAAAGCUGUGAAGAAAUUUAGGGAAACUGCUAAUAAUAUGAAGUUGGAUAAAUCAGUGAUUAACGGCCUCUUCAUAAAGGGAGAUCAAAUAUCGAGAGGAGAAGAAUUGGUGAAGAAAGCUGAGAAGAAACUCAAUGAUUGGGGAAUUUUCGGGUCCAAAUAUCAUGACGCUGCAGAUUUACUCUAUAAAGCUGUUGAUCGCUUCAGAUUCGCCAAAUCAUGGGAUCGAGUUGGAGCAGUAUAUGUAAAAUUAGCAAGUUGUCAUCUGAAGUUGGAUCAGAAACAUGAGGCUGCUCGUUCUUACGAUAUUGCUGCUGAUUACUACAAGAUGACGAAAAAUUUGAAAGAAACAAUAUCAUGUCUAGAGAAAGCAGCACACAUAUUGCUGGACAUUGGAAGGCUAAACGCGACCACAAGACAUUAUCAGGAAAUUACUAAAUUAUAUGAACACGAGAAUAAUUUGGAGCUGGCUAUCGUUUACUAUCAGAAAACAACUGAUCUUUUCCAGAGUAUGGAUUUAACAUCAUCUGCAAAUCAGUGUAGGCAGAAAAUUGCAGAAUACUCAGCCAAAGUAGGAAAAUUUCAAAGAUCAAUCGCGAUGUUUGAGGAGAUAGCAACAUACUCCAUCAGAAACAACUUGUUAAAGUAUGGAGUUAGAGGUCAUCUCCUAAAUGCUGGUAUUUGCCAACUUUUUAGAGGUGAUGUUGUUGCAAUUAACAACGCCUUGGAGCGAUAUCAGAUACUGGAUACAACAUUUUCAGGGACGCGUGAGUGCAAGCUUCUAAUGGGUUUGGCAGCUGCUAUUGACAAGAGAGAUGUUGCAGAAUUUACUAGUUAUCUCAAGGAAUAUGAUAGCACUAUAAAGAGGAAUGAAUGGAGGACACUGGUUCUUCUCAAGGUGAAGGAAGCGUUGAAGGCGAAAGAGCUAGAGUCAAAAGGACAGUUAGGAUGUGGUGGAGCCAGCAUUCAUAAAGGUGGUGUGCAACAUUAA